UAUUUUUUUUCUCAGUGGGGACUCUCCAUUUUAGAAUUUCUCUUUAUCCCUUUUCUUACACUUUCUUUUUUCUCAUCUCUCAUAGCCUGAAAGGCCAAUUAAUAUCUCUCUCUAUCUUUUACACAUACAUGAUCAAGAAAAUGUUGAAACUUUCUUCAAUCUCUCCUCCCACCUCCGAACUCUUUUAUUACCUUCUUCUCUAUCUGUAAACCUUUGGUUUCUUGAUAUACAGAACGGUCUUGUUUCUUUUAUUUGUUUUUUGUUUUUAUUUAUGGGGGUUGGAGUGUCUGAUCUUGCAGCUGAGACUGAUUCAUAUUCAAGGUCACCUGGUCUGGGGGAUAUACCUGAAAAUUGUAUAUCGUCUAUUCUUUUGCACUUUGAUCCUCCGGAGAUUUGUAAAUUGGCACUGUUGAACAGGACUUUUCACGGCGCUUCUUUGGCUGAUUUUGUGUGGGAAACCAAGUUACCAUCAAAUUAUAAGUUUCUUGUCAAGAAAGUUCUUGAUGAGAAUCCAGAAAAUAUAAGCAAGAAAGAAAUUUAUGCAAGAUUGUGUCUUCCUAGUCGCUUCGACAAUGGCACCAAGGAAGCAUGGUUGGAUAAGGGUAGUGGUAAAAUUUGUGUGUCCAUUUCUGCAAAGGCAAUGAAAAUCACAGGGAUCGAUGAUCGAAGAUAUUGGAAUCACAUUCCAACGGAGGAAUCCAGGUUUCACACAGUGGCAUAUCUUCAACAAAUAUGGUGGUAUGAAGCGAUAGGAGAAUUAGAGUUUGAGUUUCCUCCAGGGAGCUACAGUAUAUUUUUCAGACUGCAGCUUGGGAAAGCUUCAAGAAGAUUUGGCAGAAGGGUUUGUAAUUUGGAACAAGUUCAUGGGUGGGACAUUAAACCUGUGAGGUUUCAGUUAUCGACUUCAAAUGGACAGCAAGCCAUUUCUGAAUGUUGUUUAUAUGAACAAGGGAACUGGGUUCUCUACCAUGUUGGUGAUUUCGCCAUUGACAACAACUCUCACGACAUGCUUACUAAGAUCAAAUUCUCAAUGAUGCAGAUCGAUUGUACACAUACAAAAGGAGGGUUAUGUUUAGAUUCUGUGUCGAUAUAUCCAAGUGAAUUCCGAGAAAGAUUAAAAAAAUAAGUUUUAAGUUUGUCAGGUGAUCUUGCAGU